AUGAUUGAACACUGCAAAUACGACUUCACCUCCGUAAUGAUUGGGCUUGACUUCAUUGGGGGGGUUUUGGAGAAGGAGCCGAAGACGCGAAUGGAGAUAUACGAAAUGGACGGCAUUGCAAAACUUGAGAGCGUCCAGUUCCUUCACAACGAGGCAAUAGACAAGAGAGUCUCCACCCUCAUCUCUAAGUACUUAGACGGGUUCAGUGAAGACGAAGAGGAGCCCCCCCCGAACGCCUUCUCAGCAUUUUAG